UUUUGCGAUUUUGUCAUGGUACCUAUCCAUAAUAAAUUAAGACCUUAAUUAACUUUAAUUGCGCUAUUCAGUAUUCACUUCUUACGUAAUUAACAUAAUAAAAAAUUACAGCAAUUGCAUAAGAUAAUAAUGAUUUAAAUAUUUAAUUAUCUAUGAGUAAUUUGUAUUUACAAAUAACACAUUAAUGCAGUAUUACAGGAACGACUGAUGGUUUUUUACUUCUGAUUUUUUUUCGAAAAUACAUGAUUACAAUUAAAAUAUUCUAAUAACUAAUUUAAGUUAUUAAAUAUUAUUGUUCUGUGUUACCUAUUAGCUAUCCACUACUAAGCAUACAACUUUUUCAGUUAUGGAUAUUUUAUAUCCAUGUAGUAUGUGUCCAAAGACUUUCACAUUAAGAAAACAUAUUUUAAAACAUAUAAAAACUGUUCAUGAAUCUAAUGUUCCUUCAAUGUGUUAUGAUGAUUCGAAAAGCUUAUUAAACUGUUCACAAUGUCAUAAACAGUUCAAUAGUCAAAAUUUGUUGAAUAAACAUAUAAAUUUAAAUCACAAUAUUUCAAUAUCAAAUUUGAACGAGAACACUUCAAGGCCAUUGGAGAAAAGAGUUUCUCAAAAACUCAAUGCUUAUUCAUCAUUAAAAGAUUGCUUGCCAGUUAAUUAUUCUUAUAAAAUAUUGGCAUUCAAAGAUUUAUCGUUCGGACAGUUCAAAGCAAAAUUUCAUAUUGUUAACAUUGACAAAGAAUCAUUUUUAGAUUGGUUGAAUAGUUUAUGUCAUAAAACAAAAGUUAAUUAUAUAACUGAAAAUGUAUCAUCUAUUUCUUUAAAAAAUAUCUAUCGAAUAGUAUAUAAAUGCAAAAACAUUGACUAUUGGAAUGUUAAGUCUAAUAGUAUGCUGCAGAAUCCGACUAGUUGUAAAGCGAGUCUAACAGUUAUGAUUAAACCUUUGAAUAAUGAGUUACCUCAUAAAUCAAAAGCUGUCAUAUUAAUGAAACAUUGUCAUUGUCAUCCCAUGAAUUGUUUAACAUCAAUGAAUUUAUCCCAUGAAAUAUAUGAUGUUUAUAAUCAAAUUAUAUUUUUAUUAAAAAAUGGUAAAUCAGCUGCUGGUGCACUGCAUGAAUAUACAAUUAAAACUAUACAAAAUAAAGGUAAAAAUCAUUAUUUGAAAUUAAUGGAUUCAGGAGUCAAACCAGAUGUAGAAUUUGUGUAUGAGUUGUACUACAGGCACAUGAGAAAAUCUAGAUUUUCAUCACCAUAUGUUAAACGUGUAGAAUCAUUAAUGAAAUCUAUAAAAUAUUAUAAUGCUAGUAUAGGAACAAAGUGCGCCCUUAUUCAAUUAAUAAAAAAUAAUAUCGUCAUUACUAUUCGAACCCCGCUAAUGGGAACAAUUAAUACUGAUACAGUAUAUGUGUGCUCAACUAGUUUUGAUAUUUGUAAAACAUGGUUCAUGUUUAGUAAAAAUGAUAGAAAGAUAAUGAUUCCUAUAGGAGUAAUUAUCUCCACUGAAGAUAAAGACUGUCUGUUAAAUGCGGGCUUAUGUUCUUGGGAAAAAUUAGGGGGUACGUUCAAAACUAUUGUAGUAGAUUUAGUGUAUAUUCAUACAUUCAAAACAGUUUUUCCUAAAGCUACUGUAUGUGUUUCUAAAUUUCAUUUUUUGCUGACUGUAUGGAAAUGGCUUAUUAGUAUCACAAAUAAAAAUAAUUUGAUUGAAGAAUUAAAUUGCUUUGUUGAAUUUAAAAAAAUAGUAUGUUCUACAAGUUUUAUUGCUGACCAUUUGAUAGAUACAAACUUUGAUAUUUUUGUAGAAAAAUAUCCAAAUUUCAAGCAAUUUAUGCAAAAUAUUGAUAAAAAUAUUUUAUUUUGUUCACCCAUGGCGUCUCAUCCAUGCUUUACAAUUUCUGAACGGAAGCUUAUUUAUUAUCAUACUAAAUCACUUUCGAUUUUGCAAACAUUUCAUUUUGUUAUUGAUGAAAUUGACUUCUUCUAUAACAAUUUGCCUAUACAUAAUCCAAAUAAUGAUCAGCAAAUUAUUUUAAAUUAUUUCAAAGAAAUGUACAGAGAUAAGAAUUGUUUUACUUACUGUAGUAUAGAUGACGAUCAUUCUAUGUACUUAGUAGAAAAUGAUAAUGCUGAUGAAUUUUUUGUUGAUAUGGAUAUUGGAGUAUGUUCUUGCACUGUAAAUAAUGUAUGUUCUCCGUGUGUCCAUCAAGUGUUUUUAAGUGAACGUUUAAAUGAAAAAGCUAAUAACUGUUCAGCACAUAGUACUUGUGUAUUAAAUACAUCUAAUUAUGAUACAGAAGAACUAAAUAUUGAAAACAAAGAAUUUGAAAAUAUUUUAUCUGAAUUUCAAUCAGUUCAUAAUAAAAUAAAAGAACAGUUUAUGAUUGAUCCAGAGUAUUUUAAAGUUGGCAUUCAGAGGUUUGUUUCAACUUGGAAAAACAAUCUAAUAUCAGAUAAAUCUUUAUUUUUAGCCUGUCAUUCUUUAAACAAUCUUCACCAUUCAAAUUUAAACAAAGAUGAUUUAUACAACCAUGAUUCAUAAAUCGUAGAUUAUUUUAGAGUUGUAAUUAUUAAAAUUACAAAACUUAAUUAACCACUUCCAUUUGUGCCUGAUAAUUAUUAUAGAUAUUAGAAACUAUUAGUUGUAAGUUGUAGAGAAUAUAUUUUGUUAAAAUCUUCUUCGUAUGAUGUAAAUAUUAUAACAUUAUGACCUACAUAUUACUCAAAAUGAUUAUGAUGCUAUAAAUUGUUCUACAUAGUUUUUAAUUGUAUUUUUUUUUWAAUAAUUUGUUGUGAUUAAAAAAAGUGUUUCUUAGAAUUGUUUGAUGUUUAUUGGAAGAACUAAAAAACUUUUUUAACUUACAAUAAAUGAAUAAUGGAUUGACUUUAUUCAUGUUUGGUGACAAAUGUGUAAUAUCUUUCAAAUAAUCUAUCUAUCAACUAUUACAUAUUUUUGUAAAAUAAUAACCAUGAAGAGUAUGUAUUCCAUUGAUUUUGAUGAUGUGUAAAAUUAUAAGAUUUUAAACUAGGUACUUAUAAUUGUUUGUAUUGCGUUAUAAUAAACAUCUCAUGAUUUAUUUGA